AAAGGAACAAUUCGAAGCCUACAUAGUUGUAUCUGCUAUGUAAAUUUACAUUUAUGUCAAAUUAGGGUUGAAGCAAGGAAUUCAAGGCAUGUGUGAGGGCGAAAUCCGUAGACUAUUGAUUCCUGCGGAUCUAGCGUAUGGGCAAUUAGGUCUUCCAAACUCAGUUCCAGGAAAUACUGCUGUUGUUUAUGAAGUUGAAAUGCUUUAUGUCAAUUCACCUUUCAGCAACCCUUGGUUCUGGACUGGUUUAUCACUGUUAGUUUUAGCUUUCAUCUUUUCCAGCAAAUUUAACAGAAUGGGCGAUGCAUUCAAGUCCGCCAAGUUUCUGGAAUCAAAAGAAGCCGCCAUUACUAAUCGUGGAAGUAGCAAGAUAACAAAAACUGACUGAUGAUCCUACUCCAGUUCUAUUAUAUAUAGCAUUAAAAGACUAUGAAAUGGCAAUAUUUGAUCUCAAGGCACUUGCAAGAAGAAUAAAAUGAUAUACCUACGUGAAUCUAAACAAUUCUGAUUCUUAGCUCUGCACGCUUUUCACCUUUUCCAUCUUU